AUGUACGUCGACCCACAAAAAAACAACCAGAUAAGAACAUUGAGCAUUCCCAAACGACCAGAACCUUCUCAGGAAGAACUUUUAAAACGACAACAUCAGAAAGCUCAGGAGAAAAAGAGUUUGGAAAAUUCGCCGUCGGUAAACCCGGAUGGUUCCGACCAUAUAUCAAUGAAAAAAUUGGGUGAAACUCUUCGAGCUGCUGAACAAAGAAGCCAACUGACAAACACAGAUCUGGGCAGUCGGAAUAAUACAAACAACAUUCAACAACAAGGGUCCAACACAUCUACUCCUGUUCCUCAAGUCAUGGUCGGUAAAAAAACUUCUGGGAAAUAUACUUUACAAGAUUUCCAAAUCAUGCGUACCUUAGGGACUGGGUCCUUUGGAAGAGUCCAUUUGGUACGUUCCAAUCAUAAUGGGAGGUUCUAUGCGAUGAAAGUGUUAAAGAAACAUACGGUGGUGAAAUUGAAACAAGUUGAACAUACAAAUGAUGAAAGACGAAUGUUAUCGUUGGUCACCCACCCUUUCUUAGUAAGAAUGUGGGGGACAUUUCAAGACUCUCAACAAGUAUUUAUGAUCAUGGAUUAUAUUGAAGGUGGUGAACUAUUUUCUCUAUUAAGGAAGUCACAAAGGUUCCCCAACCCUGUAGCUAAAUUUUAUGCUGCGGAGGUUUGUUUGGCUUUGGAAUAUUUACAUUCCAAUGAUAUCAUUUAUAGAGAUUUAAAACCAGAAAAUAUCUUGUUGGAUAAGAAUGGUCAUAUCAAGAUUACAGAUUUUGGGUUUGCCAAAUAUGUGCCAGAUGUUACAUACACUUUAUGUGGUACUCCAGAUUAUAUUGCACCUGAAGUCAUUAGCACCAAACCUUAUAAUAAAUCUGUAGAUUGGUGGAGUUUUGGUAUAUUGAUUUAUGAAAUGUUGGCUGGUUAUACUCCAUUCUAUGAUUCCAAUACCAUGAAAACUUAUGAGAAUAUUUUGAAUACUACUUUGAAAUUCCCAUCUUUUUUCCAUGAUGAUGUCAAAGAUCUUUUAAGUAAAUUAAUUGCAAGAGAUUUAUCUAAGAGAUUAGGUAAUUUACAAAAUGGUUCAAAUGAUGUUAAAAACCAUGCUUGGUUUUCAGAAGUCGUUUGGGAAAAAUUAGUAGCAAGAAAUAUUGAAACACCUUAUGAACCUCCAAUUCAACAAGGCCGCGGUGACACGUCAUUGUUUGAAAGAUACCCUGAAGAAGAAAUUAAUUACGGGGUUCAAGGUGAAGAUACUUAUGCCGUAUUAUUCCAAGAAUUUUAG